AUGCUAAAAGCUAAAUUAUUGAUUUUAUUCCUAAUUUUAUUGUUGGUACAAUCGAAAUCGGCGAUAACGCCAUCAUCGUCAAAACCACCAUCAACAGUAGCAACAACAACAACGACAACUGAUCCUGAUGUACCAAUUCAGAAGAUAUUUUGUGAAGGCGAAGAAGCAAAUUUGGAAUGUCCGAUCGGAAGAUAUAUCGCAAUACGGUUAGCAAAUUACGGACGUUUCACGUUAGGCCUUUGUAAUCCGAGCCAUCGUACUGAUCUAAGUACCACAUGUCAAAAUGAUAGGACAUUGGCUAUAAUGAAAUUAAGAUGUAAUGGUCAUCCGCGGUGUAGCAUUUUGGUAAACAACAGAGAACUUGGUGAUCCAUGCCCGGAUACGGAAAAAUAUCUGGAUGUGGAAUUCAAAUGCAGCAAAAUGCCUGAUAUUGUAAAAACAACAAUCAGUACAUCAAUGGCAACAACAUUUAAUACACCAACUAUUAAUCAAACAUUGCUGAUAACUGAUUUAACAAAAACAUCGAUAGCAGUCGAAUUUACGACAGUGAAAUUACUAGACGAAGAUGAUAAACAGUUAUUCUGUGAUAUGAUAACGGAACGUGACAUAGACUGGCCACAAACAGAAUUUGGUAUGAUAGCUCGUGUUUCAUGUCCAAUCGGAUCAACUGGUUACGCAGAAUGGACAUGUGGAUCGAACGGACAAUGGGAAUCAGAUGGACCGGAUUUGUCACGUUGUAUUAGUACGUGGAGUAAAGCAUUGCUUAUGGAUGCAGAAGAAGCAGAUGGUUCAUUAGAUCGUUUGGAAUUUCUAAACGAAAUUCAACAGCGAACACGGCGUGAAUCGUUAAUUGGUGGUGAUCUGAUCGCUCUUUCUCGUGCUGUAAAAUUGCUAAUUCCAAUCACAAUAUAUGAAAAUGAUGCAGAUAAAUUUGUUGAAUUAGUUGUGGAAAGUGUUAAUAAUAUGGCGAAAGAAUCACAAAUACUAGCAUGGAAUGAUUUGAAACAUUUAAAACGACGUAUGAUAGCUGAUCAAUUGAUGAGUGUUAUUGAUCAAGUAUCAAUGGCAAUCAGUCCAUUAAUUACGCCUGAUACGCCACGUAUCAUCAUGAAACCUAAUACCGAUGUUGAAGUAGAAAUAUCAGCUGUUCGAAUACAUGAUUACGUAGCAUUUCCAAGUACAAGUUUAUAUCGAACAACCGAUGAUACAGUUAAUAUUCCACGUGAAGCAUUAACUCUACGUAAUAAUGCUAUCGAUGAAGCCAAAAUCAUUUAUGCUGCAUAUUCAUCAAUGAGCCAGCAUUUGCAACCUGAACCACGCCGAGGUGCAGAUGGUACCAUGGUACCACGACAAAUUGCAUCAAAAAUAGUUUCUAUAUCUGUAAUAAAUAGCGAUAAUAAAAUUGAAACUAUCGAUCAUCUUCAUAAACCAGUCAUUAUUACAUUUUCAACUGAGAAUCGAGUAAAUCUUUCAAUGCCACAAUGCGUCUGGUGGAAUCGUACUCAUUUGCAAUGGUCAUCGUAUGGCUGUGUGGUCAGUUCGCAUAAUGCAACCCACACCGUUUGUCACUGCAAUCAUUUGACAUAUUUUGCUGUCCUUAUGGACAUUCACUAUCAACAACUUUCCAUUGGACAUAAUAUAGCACUAACAUUUCUAACUUAUGCUGGCUGUACAAUAUCAAUAGUAUGUCUUUUAUUAUCAUUAUUCGCAUUUCAAUGUUUUGGCACCAGUGGCGGUGAUCGAAUUUUCAUUCAUAAAAAUCUUUGCUUCUCAUUGCUAAUAGCUGAAGCUAUCUUUUUGGGCGGUAUUUGGCAGACAAAAAAUUCCCUUUGCUGCAGUAUUAUAGCUGGUUUAUUGCAUUAUUUCUUUCUUGCUGCAUUUUCAUGGAUGUUAUUAGAAGGUUUCGAAUUGUACUAUAUGCUAGUUGAAGUAUUUCAAUCAAAAGAUUCCAAAAGAUCGUACAUAUUGUUGUUUGGUUAUGGAUUCCCAUUAUCAGUUAUUGCUGUAUCAAUUUGGUUUGAUCGAUUUAGUUAUGGUACAGAGCGAUACUGCUGGUUACGAUCUGAUAAUUAUUUCAUUCUAGCAUUUAUUGGACCAGUAAUUGUCAUCUUACUCUGUAAUACAGUCUUCCUCGUGAUGACAUUGUUUAUUGUUUGCAGUCAUUCUAGUAUCGGUUAUACACCAUGUAAACAGGAUCGCGAUGCAUUGAAAAAUGUUCGAAAUUGGUUGAAAGGAUCAGUAGCACUGAUUACUAUAUUAGGUCUUACUUGGACUUUUGGACUUUUAUGGAUUGAUGAGCAAUCAAUUCAUAUGGCUUAUGCAUUUACUAUUAUGAAUUCUCUUCAAGGAUUAUUCAUAUUUCUAUUUCAUGUUGCAUUCAAUGAUCGAUUGCAUAAAGAUUACCGGAAAUGGGUGAAACAUGUCUCCUGGAUACCGGAUUGUAUGCGUGAUGAUUCAAGUCAUACGUCACGUACAAUGCCAUAUUUGCCAACAAGUAAUACAAGCAAAACCGGUCAAGCAGUCAGUUCUAGCUCAUCGACAGCUUCUGAAUUACUGUAUCCUUCAAUGAGCGAAAAAUAUCCAGCAUUACCGACACCACGUAUGGUUGCCGCGAUUGAUCCACGUUAUAAUAAUUCGGUACAAAUGCUUCUAGCACGACAACACUGUAAUCCAAAUGCAUUAUGCGACUAUGCAACAAUUAGCUACGACGAUCUCUGCACCUCAUCAACUAAUCACUAUCAUCAACCACAACAAAGCAAAUACUAUUUCAAUUGUAUGACACCUGUGACAUUUGUACCUAAUCCUACCUUUUCCCCUAUUAUUACACCUGAAUUUGGGACACUUCAUUUCAGGCCACCACCUAAUUUCCCACCACCGCCACCACCACCACCACCACCGCCACCAUCUCCUCCAGCACAAUCUUCACUUCUUACUAAUCGUCGUUCAGCUACACCAAUGUUAGCUUCUUCAACCAUUCGGGUGUCAGAUGAUUCAGCAUACAGUGAUAGCUCUGCGUCAACCUUACAGUGUCACGGUGAAGUGGUGACAAAUAGGUCAGGAAUGUUACUGCGCAUGGAUUUAUCAAAAAAUCCGCCCGUUUUCGUGCAAGGCAUAUAA